AUGGUCAAAGACGAAAUCAUAUCGCCAGUUACGGAACCUACCGACUGGGUUCAUCCAAUCGUAGUGGUUGAAAAACCGAACGGAAAGCUACGGAUCUGCCUGGAUCCAAAACCUCUCAAUGACGCGAUAAGCAGACCGCACUACGCAAUGUCAACGCUAGAUGAUGUUACCGUUAAACUCGCAGGCGCGACACAAUUUAGCCUGUCAAAGGAAAACAUAACAAAGCAUAUCAAGACCAAAGAUCAUCAGAAAGCUGCAGAGGCUGUGGAGCUUCGACAACAGAUGACCACAGCCAAGGAGACGUCAUUCAGCAAGAGUGAAGGCGCAAUACGUUGUGCCAUGGCCAACGUAUUGUUCCUAGCCAAAGAAGAUCUGCCAAGCAGCAUGGUCCCGGCCUUCAACAACUUCUUGAUGUAUCAGGGUGUGUCUAAGCUAGCCAGCCUCCGUGUAGACAGCCACACGACGUAUGAGCAUUCAUCAUCCAUAGAUGCGUUCCAGGAUGCCCUAUCCAGCGUCAUCGAGGAAGAACUACUCUGCAAGAUUCGCGAAAAUGUUAAGUUUAGUUUAAUGUUAGAUGAAAGCACAGACAUAUCCAUCCACCAGAACUUGAUAGUGUAUAUUAGGGUGUUAGAGUGUAAUCAUGUAGAUAUUGUAGAGCCACAGACUUACUUUCUAGGGAUAGAUUCAUUGUAUAGGGCUAAUGCAGAGUCGAUUUUCGGUAAGUUGACGUGCAUGCUUGAGCAAAAAGGCAUUGAUAUUGUUAAGCUUUGUGGGGUUAGUACAGAUGGGGCUUCUGUGAUGGUAGGUAGCAAGUCAGGUGUAGUUACCAGAAUAAAGAAAGAGGUUCCAGGUGUGUUGGGAACACAUUGUAUAGCACAUAGGUUAGCUCUUAGCUGUUGUUCGGGUGCAGAUUGCAUCCCAUACUUAGUUAAGGUCCAGGAAAUACUCAACAGCAUCUACAAGUACUUCCAUAACUCACCAAAGAACACUGCCAUGCUGGAAGCUAUCCAGACUAUAACCCCAGGGCAGUCAGGGAAGUUUAAGGAGGUGUUCCACACUAGGUGGCUUAGUUUUCAUGGUUCUGUGGAGGCCUGUAUCAUGAACUUCAGUAGUGAAGUGGCUGUGUUUCUUGAAGAGAAGUCAGGUAAGUCCCUUAGUCUUUAUAAACCAAUUACUACCUACAAGUUCCUGUACGUGCUCCACUUCAUGGCGGAUGUUCUUCAGCCAUUGUCUAUCUUGUCCAAGUCUUUCCAGACAAAGGACAUAGAUUUUGCAGAGGUUAAUCCCCUGCUGGCCACUGCUGUACAGACAAUUGAGAAAGUGUCUGAAGGUAAGUGCGGUCCACGUUUAGUGCAAUUUCUUAAGCAGGUCCCAGAAGAGCCCAAGACUGGUGAUGAUGGCCUUGAAACUUUUGAGUUUCAUGGUCACACCAUCAGAGAUGCCAACAAGCAACGUCGAGAAGCGGUAAGUAUUUGUGAGUCCUUUUCUGCAGGUGUAGUUAGAAGUAUGCAUGACCGGUUUGCCGACAACGACGAUGCUGCAAUUCUCACAGCGAUGAGCAACAUCUUCAACCCUGUUGUACAAAAGACAGACAAGGCAAGUGAUGUAGUUGUAGCUUCUGAGUAUCUUUGCAGUCUAGGUUAUGAGAAUUGUAGGGAGGAUCUGGAAUUGUUCCUGAGCUUCAUGCAUUAUCUUGUAGAUAGUGGUAGUAAAGUUGUAAAGCACACUAAAGAUGUAGCAAAUCUGGCCAUGAAGAAGAAGGACCUGUAUCCAGCAGCAGCAGAGGCAGCAGAGCGGAUGUUAGUUGCUCCAGUUAGCACUGUAGAUUGUGAGAGGGGUUUCAGUAAACAGAAUCUAGUUAAGACUUGUUUGAGGAAUAAGUUGUCCGUUGGUAGGUUAGAUAAGUUGAUGAGGAUUUCACUAGACACUAGAAAGGUAGCUGACUUCCCAUUUGAUAAGGCUUUCAAGAAGUGGGCAGGAGUAAAGAGUAGACGGAUUUUGGAUUAGGAUAGUAGUUUGAUAGUAGCCUAGGUUUGACCAUGUAUGUUUGUUUGAGCUCCCAUUCUUUUUUUAGUCUCAGGUAUUAGACAGAAUUCAACAUAUUGACAUGUGUGUCUAUUUUUGGCAAUAUUUUGAUUAUUUUAUUUGUAUUUAUUUACCUUAUCAUAUUUUGUCAAUAAAAAAUGUUGUUAUUGAAUGACAAUGUGCUAAAAUACAUGUGCUUCUUAUACCAUAAAUGUAUGUUAUUGCAUGACAAUGUGCUAAAUAAUUGUGCUUAUUAAAUGUGUUAUCAUAUGUAAUAAAAUGUAAGAGAUAUUCCAACUUCUUGUCUGUCUUUUAUCAACAUGUACAGGUAUGUUUAAAAGCAA